UCGGCAAUCAACUGAUCUCCAGGCAGAUCGCUCCUAGUACAUUACAUAGAAAUAAUCCGGUGGAAAGCCAUCUUUUAUAGCACAUCAUGUUGAUACGAAAUGCUCUUAUUUUUCAUCGUAUGGCCACCGUUUUCUCUCGGAGCAAAUAAGUUUAGUAUCUAUUUUAAGGCGGUUUCGGUCAGUUUGUUUAUUUCGGUAUUGUCGCGACAAUUGUGUCUAAAUUGAUAGAUUCGUUUGAGGAAAGCUAUCGGAACAACUAUCAGCUAGUUUCUGUAGUUCGGGUGUGGAAACCGAGGAAACUGUGACUGAAAUCGAAUAAAUAUGAAAACUAAUUGAUUCAAUGAGUUCAGUGUUAUGUAAAUGAGUUUAUAUACAUGCAUAUGUAGAACCAACGACAUAACGUGUGACUAGCCUGCGAAUACAUAUGUAUGUAUGUAUAUAUAUUUUUAAUACUACAGGCUUGCGACUAUUGAUUGCUGAACUUCGAGACAAUUUGACGAUCCAACAUCAAACAGCCUCUGGACAACUAUUGAAACGAGAAAAACGAAAUUACGAAUUACGAAAUUAAAACCAUGAAUAAAGAAACUCUUAUAUCAUUUCGAUAUUGUUUUCAAGCAAUUUUAGUCCCAUGUGCUGUGUUCAUUGGAGUUCUUGGAAAUUCUAUCAGUGUUCUGGUUCUGACACGAAAGAGAAUGAGGUCUUCCACAAACAUAUACCUCACAGCAUUAGCGAUUGCUGACAUUAUAUACCUGAUGAUGGUUUUUUCAUUAUCUUUUCAACACUACAAGAACAUCCAUCAUCCGAAAUAUGAAUUAUAUUGGCGAACGUAUGGACUACAAUGUUGGUUCUGUGACGCCGCAUCCUACACAUCCAUUUAUAUAACAGUAAGUUUCACGAUAGAACGAUAUAUUGCCGUCUGUCACCCGAUCCGUGGACAAGUAAUUUGCACAGAAUCUAAAGCGAAAAAAGUAAUCUCAGUUGUCGUUAUAAUGUGCUUGCUAUGCACAUGCACUACACCAUUUGAAUAUCUUCUCAAUUAUACGCCAGAAUACGUUGACAUAAAGACAUACGAGCCCUGCACUCCUCCAGGUUCAAACUCAAGUACGGGAGCUCCAAUUCCUGUGCCUAACUGCACCUUGCCGUGGAUGACAACCAAACUUGCAGUCGAAGAACGUCACAUAGAAACCUCUCAAAUAACAGAUUUUCCUCUAAAUACAACACAAAUUCUUCCGGAGCAACUUCCUGCUAACUCAAAUGUCAACUUCAACAAAACUUUCAAGAAAGCCUCUGGUUAUGAUUACAAGGAUGAUUCUAGAGAAGAUCCAACAGUACAGUUCUACAAGGGUGGGGAUGCAAUAAAUAGUACAAAUACAAAAGGAAUUAUAUUGCCGCUCCAUUCCUCUGGAAGACUAAAUAUUACCGAGAGCUCCUGGCUGAUACCAUCAUCUUCACCCUCAAUACUCAACGCACCGGAAAGUUGUCUUUGUUUAUACUAUCUGGAAGCAAAAAAUUCACCUUUGGGAGAGAAUGGAACUUAUAUCUUAAUUUUCAUGUGGACCACUUCUGUUAUGUUCACCUUCAUUCCGCUUAUUUUAUUAAUUACAUUUAACUCUUUCCUCGUAAUGUCUGUAAGGGAGUCAAACAGAACACGGAAUAAAAUGACGCACACCAGUUCAAGAAAAAUAAAGACUAAAAUUGCCUCGGUAUCACAAGAGAAUAAGAUCACAAUAACACUCAUAGCGGUUGUAAUUCUAUUCAUUAUAUGCCAGACACCAACAGCAGUUUAUAUCGUUAUUAAUACGUCGUUACCUCAAGAUUUACCUGAAGAAACUAAAAACGUACAUCGUGCCAUGGGAAAUAUCUUCAAUUUCUUGAUUACAAUAAACGCAGCUUCAAAUUUUUUCCUUUAUUGCGCUUUAUCGGAAAAAUAUCGACAAACUGUGAAGGAAUUGUUUACAGGACGGAAGCAUAUGCGGCAGGCUACAUUGAAGUCAAUCUACUUAAGUCGAACUGGAACAGUGAACGAAUCCAUGUAUGGCAGUCACUCCGGCUCACAACGGUCCAAGCGUCAACCAAUAGGAACCAAUCGCUCCUCAAUAACUGCCGAUGCUGAUAUUAUCGCUAAAUUGGGUUACGAAGAUAGCAGGCGGGUGUCUCGUCAGUCAUCAACUCGUUCUGAUAGAUCAGUAGGUAGGCAAUACCAAGGACGAAAUUCAUUUCAUAACGAACCAAUUCCGGAACAUGGUGUAUCAGAACCUUCAACUUCUGCCCUUGUUAGACAACACAGUGGCGACUCAUUGGCACAUGGAAAUAACGAAGGGAUUCCAGCGAUUAAUCGCCAAUUAAGGUCAAGUGGAAGUACAUCAAGCUUAACACGAAGUCAGUCACUGAUCUUGGAGCCGAAAAUACGACAUUCGCCAGGUUGUAAGAAAUACAAUAACUUGUGAUAAAAUAUGAAAGCUCAUAUAAAUAGUUAAGUUAAAGAUGUAUAAUAAAAUAAUUUGUUUUCUUCAGCAUGUUAUUGAAAA